AUGCGAUAGCCUCAGUUGUGUUUCGUGUCUUUGCUGAGGCACACACAAGCAGAUACGGUUUCUUGAGAUUACUAACAUUCUUCGUUAAAAACUAUUUAUAAUAAUAUUCUUUUGCAAUGAGUUGCCCAAUGAGACAUCCGAGUGAGCCCCAAGAUGUGGACCAACUGGAUGAGGAAGCAGGAAUGCUUUAUGGUGAAUACCUGAUGUUGGAUAAAGUACUGAACGCCCAGAGAAUGCUGAGCGUGGAAAAUAAUAAACCCGUGCACGACGAGCACCUGUUUAUUGUUACGCAUCAAGCUUACGAACUAUGGUUUAAACAGAUACUAUUCGAACUGGACUCGAUUAGAGACAUCUUCAAAGAGAUCUUAGAGGAAUCGCAGACGCUGGAGAUCCUCAAGAGACUGAACAGGGUCGUUUUAAUUCUGAAGGUCUUAGUAGAUCAGGUCAUGAUUCUGGAAACGAUGACGCCUUUGGAUUUCAUGGACUUCAGAGGAUAUCUCUGUCCAGCUUCGGGAUUCCAGAGUCUGCAGUUCAGAUUGCUCGAGAAUAAAUUGGGCUUGAAGCAGGAGAACAGGGUUAAAUAUAAUCAACAUUACCAUCGCGUCUUUGGAAACGACGAAAAAGCUUUAAUUCAAAUUGAAAAAUCCGAGUCCGAACCAUCCUUGACCGAAUUGGUGCAAAGGUGGUUAGAGCGGACGCCUGGAUUAGAAUUGGAAGGUUUCAAUUUCUGGGGAAAAUAUCAGAAGGCCGUAGAAAAACUGUUGGAAGAGCAAAGGAAAGCGGCAGAGGAGGUGGAAUCCGAACGAGUCCGUAAUUACAAGUUGAUUGAUUUGGAGAAGAGGAAGGAGGUCUAUGAGUCGAUCUUCAAUCCGGAAGUUCACAAAGCUUUGGUCUCGAGGGGCGAGAGACGAUUCUCGCACAGUGCUUUACAAGGGGCCAUCAUGAUCAAUUUUUAUAGGGACGAACCCAGAUUCAGCCAACCCCAUCAAAUACUCACCCUCCUCAUGGACAUCGAUUCGCUGAUCACUAAAUGGAGAUAUAAUCACGUGUUGAUGGUGCAGAGAAUGAUCGGUUCGUCGCAGUUGGGUACAGGCGGUUCUUCCGGUUACCAAUACCUGAGGUCCACUCUCAGCGAUCGUUACAAAGUCUUCGUCGACUUGUUCAAUCUGUCCACGUUCUUAAUUCCGCGCUCCCUCAUUCCACCGCUUAGUCCAAUGAUGAAAAGUCAUCUGUGCUUAAACUGGGGACCGAUGAAAAACUACAACAGCGAUGACGAUAAGCAGGAAUUGGAAAAUUCCACCGAGAAAUCACUUUAAUACGAAUAUUUUUAAUGCAAGUAAUAUUUACGUUUUAGCGUUAGAUUAAGUGUCGAAAGGUUGAGCUGUAAAAAUAAAAAUGAUUGACGGAAAGAUUUAUUGUUUAUAUUCGAUGCUGUGCGAAACGUGACUACUAAAAAUGUAAUUUGGAAGCUUUCCCAGUAGAUUCCUAGAGAUGUAAAUUUAGUUUAUUCAAACUGUACAUACAUAUAAUUCUUAUUUCCAUUCCUCUUUUUUUUCAUUUUGUUUAAAUUUCAAAGGAACCGUUUUUCUUCUUGUAAUUUAUGUUUGGUUUAGAGCCAACAACUUGUACUCAAACAUUAAUCUAAAUAACAUUU